ACUUAGAGUUAGGUCUUUCCUGCGCCUUGAACAAGACGAUUUGCCAUUUUGAGCUAACAACAUGUCAUCUAAUAAAUUCGCAAUUACCGCCGACCUCGGUUGGCACAUGGAACCUAUGCCUUUAUGUCCUAUGCUUCAUGUUUCACGAAAAGAGUGCCAUGAAAAGGCUGUCGUUGAAAACCGUCUUCCUCUUGUUUCAACCGCUUUGCCAUGCAAUUCAGCCCUCUGCACCUAGAGCGAUUCCAGCUCCAUUACGAGACUUGCAAUGGGGGCAGCUGAACAUCUUGCACACCACUGACACCCAUGGCUGGCUUGCGGGGCAUUUACAUGAGCCUUCUUAUUCCGCUGAUUGGGGUGAUUACAUAUCGUUUGCAUAUCACAUGCGCCAGAAGGCCGAAGCUCAGGACCAAGACCUGUUAGUUGUCGAUACUGGUGACCGAGUGGAUGGAAAUGGCCUUUGCGAUGCGUCAACGCCCAAAUGUGUUUACAUCCCAGAGAUAUUUGCACAGCAGCAAAUUGAUGUGAUCACAAUUGGAAACCAUGAGCUUUACAAGCGUGAGGUUUCUGAAGCAGAAUUUACAAAUACCACUUCAACAUUUGGCAAGAGCUAUCUUGCUUCAAAUCUCGAUAUUAUUGAUCCUGUCACGGGAGAAGUGGUCCCAUUUGCUGCAAGAUUCAGAAAAUUCACCACAAAGAUCCAAGGCAUCCGGAUUAUGGCGUUUGGAUUCAUUUUCGACUUUGACAAGAACGCCAAUAACACGAUUGUUCAUAAGGUGGGUGAAACUAUACAGGAGGAUUGGUUCCAGGAAGCGAUCCGACAACCAGAUAUCGACCUUUUCCUCGUCGCUGGGCAUGUUCCUGUGAAUUCAUAUGAAAUUCGGUCCAUUAUCAGCGAGAUCAGAGAAAUCCGUGAUACGCCCAUCCAACACCUUGGUGGCCAUCUCCAUGUGCGAGACUAUGCGCUCUAUGAUUCUAGGGCAGCAGGCUUGGCAAGUGGUCGAUUCAUGGAAACAAUUGGCUUCAUGUCCAUAGAUGGUCUAGCUACUCGCCACGGACCAGCCAGAUUGGAUACUCCACGUUUCUUCCGGAGGUAUAUUGACAACAAUCUGUUCUCAUUUCACCAUCAUACCAAUUUGGACGACAAGAGCUUUCCUACGGAGCUGGGACUGAAUACGAGCCAGCUUAUUGCGGACGCUCGACAUACUUUGGGACUUGGCAAGGUGUAUGGAUGCGUACCAAGGUCUCUCUGGAUGUCUCGUGUGCCGUACCCUGGGGAAAAUAACAUCUAUACUUGGCUCAAACAAGUCGUUUAUGAUUCGAUCAAGGAUCAGUCAGGCCGCCGGACGGUUUUUGCCCUUGCCAACACCGGAUCUAUUAGAUUUGACAUUCUUCAGGGACCUUUUACCAAAGAUACAGCCUUCAUCGUGGCGCCAUUCACGAGUGGCUUUCGGGUUUUGCCUAGUGUCCCCUACAGCAAAGCCCAGCAGAUUGCAACUAUAUUGAACCAGUCAUCAAAGAAAAAACCGAGCGGAGCUCUUACUUGGAAAUCUGGUCAGCCCGAAGAAUUAAUUUAUGACGAGGACUUCAUCUCCGAAGAAGCAAGACAAGGCUUUUCAUCCCAGAAGGGGCAACAAAUUCUUGACUCUGAAAACUACCCACUUAUUCCAGGCUACACAACGGUCGACGCAGGAGGUUCGGAUGGUGAUGAUACUAUACAUUCGCCUAUCAAGGAAUAUCAAGUACCGAAAUGUCUGAGCAUUCUUGUUAGCCCUAACAAUGUGGUUCCGGACGAAGUGGACCUGGUAUAUGUCGAUUUCAUCGAGGCAAAACUGUCCUUCGCCGCUGAAGAAGUGGGCUUAGCAGUCAAUGUGUCGCGUGAUAGUGCCCCUUACAUGGCUUCGAGACCUUUGUCAGAUUUGAUGGUAGACUGGAUCCAGAAGAAUUGGGCUUGUGAUGAUAAUGCGUAGGCCGUGUCUUAGUGUAGAUUUAUCGAUCAUUAUACGAGAAUUAACAUGAGGAACAACCAUCUCGGAGCUGCUGAACGAGCUGCUUGGUCGUGCUAACCAUCCAAGCUCUUAGAAAGCUAUCUAACUACCUCACUCCAGCUAGGCACCAAAAAAAAACCUUGUGAGCUUUCAUGGCGUAACCACUCUAGGCAAUAGUGCAUGGGGAAGAUAGCUGUUUCGGGGCGACUUUGUGGGGUAGUCCCUUUUUUUUUAAAAGG